AUGGCGGAUCCUCCUCACACAUCGGUCACCGAUCCAAGAAGCGGUUACUGCAAAGCAGACUCUACAUUCUAUAGCAAACGCAACCCCUUGAGCCUCCCGGCGAAUCCUUCUCUUGACGUCACAACUUUCAUCUCCUCUCAGCCGCACCGGGGCACUACCGCCUUCAUCGACGUCACCACUGGCCAACGCAUAAGCUUCUCUGAUCUCUGGAGAGCCGUCGAUCGUGUCGCCGAUUGUCUCCACCAUGAAAUCGGAUUACGGAGAGGCGACGUCGUCCUCAUCCUCUCUCCAAACUCCAUCUACAUUCCCGUCGUCUGCCUCUCCGUCAUGUCUCUCGGCGCCGUCGUCACCACCGCAAACACUCUCAACACGGCCGGUGAGAUCGCCACACAGAUCGCUGAUAGCAACCCAACGCUCGUCUUCACGACGCUCCAGCUGGGACCCAAACUCUCCCGUUCCGGUAUCUCCGUCGUCCUCACAGACGACGACGAUGAACGCGUGGGAUCCACUCGUGGAGUUAAAGUCGUUGGGGUUUUGACUGAGAUGAUGAAGAAAGAACCGAGUGGGCGGCGAGUCAGGGACCGAGUCAACCAGGACGACACGGCGACGAUGCUUUACUCGUCGGGAACCACAGGACCGAGCAAAGGAGUGAUCUCAUCUCACGGGAACCUAACCGCUUACGUGGCGAGAAUGGUCUCUGAGAAAUCGAUGCAAGGCGAGAUUUUCAUUUGCACCGUUCCGAUGUUCCACAUCUUCGGAUUGUUGACAUUCGCUAUGGCCACCGUAGCACUGGGCUCGACGGUGGUGAUCCUCCGGAGAUUCGAACUCAACGACAUGAUGGCGGCGGUGGAGAAGCACAGAGCCACGAUUCUGGCUUUGGCGCCGCCGGUUUUGGUGGCUAUGGUUAACGGAGCGGAUCUGAUCAAGGCCAAGUACGAUCUGAGCUCCCUGAAAACGGUGAGGUGUGGUGGAGCGCCGCUGAGCAAGGAGGCAACGGAAGGGUUUUUAGAGAAAUAUCCGACGGUUGAUAUACUUCAGGCGUAUGCGUUGACGGAAUCAAACGGUGCAGGGGCUUUCACGGAUACAGUGGAGGAUAGCCGGAGAUAUGGCACGUCUGGGACGUUGACGUGUGAUGUUAAGGCGAGGAUUGUGGAUCCGAAUACAGGUCGGGUCAUUGGAGUUAACCAAACGGGCGAGCUCUGGCUCAAGGGUCCUUCUAUUACAAAAGGUUAUUUUAGAAACGAAGAAGCUACAAAAGAAACCAUUACUAAAGAAGGAUGGCUAAAAACCGGAGAUCUCUGUUAUAUAGAUGCAGACGGGUUUGUAUUUGUUGUGGAUCGAUUGAAAGAACUAAUCAAAUACAAAGGCUACCAGGUGCCUCCAGCUGAACUAGAGGCUCUUCUGAUUACUCAUCCAGACAUUCUCGAUGCAGCUGUUAUUCCGUUUCCAGAUAAAGAAGCAGGAGAAUAUCCGAUGGCUUAUGUGACACGAAAGCCUGAGAGCAAUCUCUCUGAGAAACAAGUUAUUGACUUCAUCUCUAAACAGGUGGCACCUUACAAGAAAAUAAGAAAAGUCGCAUUUAUAAACUCCAUACCAAAGACUGCAUCCGGCAAAACACUUCGCAGAGAUCUCAUCAAACUAGCGACUUCUAAACUUUGA